GGUGUGUACUCCGCAGUGUUGUGUUUGACUCGUUUGCAAUCUCCAGAUUGUGUUGGUUUUUGUUUUUAGUUUUUCUCUAUAUUUUGGUCUCUAGGCUAAUCUGGAGCGGAAACUGACAGAUGAGCAGAAGGCAUUGAAGAAGACAAAGAAGAUCGCUGAGGACACUUCUCUUGCUGUGAAUGUGGCUGUGUACAGGAUCAAAUCAUUGCUACAUCCCGCUAAGAAAUUCAAAGUUGAGAUGAACGCAAAGCAGCUUCAAAUGACUGGUGUCAUCUUGUUACAUAAAAAUAUCAAUCUCGUCGUUGUUGAAGGCGGACCCAAGCAGCAAAAGUUCUACAAAAACCUCAUGUUGAAUAGGAUAAAAUGGGAGGAUGAGGUGAUUGGUCAGAAAAAAGAUGCAGAUAAAGACGCUCCUGGGGAAAGGAACCAGUGUCAAUUGAUAUGGGAAGGUCAAGUCAAACGGCGUAACUUCCGCGAUUUCAACGUUGUUACAGCUACUAUAGAAAAACAGGCACGUGAUCUACUGGAGAAGCACAAUGUUGCCCAUUAUUGGGACGUUGCUUACAGUACAACAGUGCUUUUGGAUGGUCAAGAUCCUACUCCCAUAUGA